CCGGCAGCCAUGUCUGACAAACCCGAAAUGGCUGAGAUCAAGAAAUUUGGUAAGUCGAAAUUGAUGAAGACAGAAAUGCAAGAGAAAAAUCCUCUGCCUUCAAAAGAGACGACUGAACAGGAGAAGCAAGCUGGCGAAUCGUAGUGAGGCGAGUGCCGCCAAUACGCGC